CUCCACGCCCCACGGGUGAAACCAUGCAGAAAGCUGUCAGAAGUCCUCCAAGAGGGUCAGAGUCCUCCAGCCAAGCGGUGGAGCAGAAGCGAGAAGGCACCCUGGAGCCAUGAGCUACAUCAUCCGCCCCUGGGCUCGGAAGGACCUGAAGGCCAUCAUGGGGCUUAUUAGGGAGGCGGCUUCUUUUCACAAAGCCCUGGACCAGGUGAAAACUACCCCGGAAAUGCUCAGAGACGAGGGCUUUGGGAAAGACGCCACCUUCGGGUGCCUGGUCGCCGAGGUGCCGCCACAGCAGGGGAGCAAAGAGGAUGGCACAAUUGUUGGGUACCAAUUCCACUAUUUGACGUACUGCACGUGGAGUGGCCAUAUUUUAUUUGGGGAAGAUCUGUACGUGUUACCAGAUUUCAGAGGUAAAGGCAUCGGCUCCGGUUUGCUGGCCAAAGCUGCCAAGAUGGCGCUGGGAAAGGGCUGCUCCCAGCUCCGGUUCAUCUCCGCCAACUGGAACCAGCCAGCCAUGGAUUUCUACGCCAAACUGGGAGCUGUGAACGUCACAGUUACAGACCACUGGAACCUGUGCAGCAUAGAGGGGGAGCACGUUCAGAAACUGGUUGAGCGAACAAGAAACUAGUCGUUCAGUGUCCGCAAGCCCCGCCCAUGUCCACGUGGCCAGCCCCUGCCUUGUAUUCCCUUCCGGUUAAUUAUGAACCUCCGCCUCCCCACUUCCCUGACCCUCCUGGCCCUGCAAACAUCCCUCCACAAAAUAUUUUCUCCAUAUGUCCCAGAGGAGUCCAACAGACUUUCAUGCCCCAUGCAGCAGUGACGUAGGAGGUUAAGAGCUCGUGUAUCUAAUCUGGAGGAACCGGGUUUGAUUCCCCGCUCUGCCGCCUGAGCUGUGGAGGCUUCUCUGGGGAAUUCAGAUUAGCCUGUGCACUCCC